AGCUUGAAGAUAGCUGCCUGGUGGUAUUGUAGGCUAUUGUAAUUGGAGGUAGUUUCAUGUUCGGCCACAUAGUGGUAGCCGGUUACUAUUCAUCGAAACGACGUGCGAUUUUCUGGCCACCGGGACACCACCUCAAGUGUAAAUGCCGAGCCUUUAGGAGUUUGUCCACUGUGCGCUCGCGAGUCCGGUUUGCUUCGGCGGCAUGUCCAAAUCAGAAUGAAUUUUAUUCAGUUCUAAUCAACUGGAAAAUGGGAAUAUUGUCGACGCUGCGGAGUAGGGGAUGUCUUUCUCACAAGUUUACUCUCUCUCGGGUCACGGAAACUGACCUUAAAAGAAUGCGUGGUGAGUCAUAAAUUAAAAUAGACGUAACCCUUCGUUCUAAAACUGAUCCAUUGGGAGACAAUACCGAAGAAACAAGACAUUGGUCCCAGCGAGAACACGGUGCGAGGAAAGGAAAAGUUAUUGAAGUGACGUUCAUGAAUCCAAAACUGCCCCACAAGUGAGCUGAGGGUGUUGGGGUUGAAGUCUCUCUACUGCUAAUGAUGUCUUCUAAACGAGCCACACCUCCGUUUCCCCCGGCGACAGAGGAAGACGAAGCGAUGGGUCAGGACAGUGUGGGCGGGGCCAAUGAGGAAAGAGAAAGCCAUGACAAGCCAGUCAUGCCCCCUCUGCACGGCAAAGCCCUCCCAGAGGAGCACCAGCCAAUAAGAGACAGCCAGCCUGAGUCGGACUGGGAGAGUAUAGGCCCUACUCAGACAGACAAUGCUAGUAGCAAGGGCUGUUCCUUGAACUCCUACCGGAAUGACACUACAUCUCCACCAAAGCCUGAGGAGUGUUCCCAGGAGUGCGGUGAGCUGCUAGGCGGAUCCGCCUUCAGAACACCGGAGCGCCGCAAAGGAAGCCUGGCCGACGUGGUGGACACACUGAAACAGAAGAAACUGGUAGAGCUGACAAAGACAGAACAGGAUGAGUCUACCUGUGUGGAGACACUUCUGUCCAAGGACUGGAAAGACAGGAUGGACAGACUGAAUGCCAGCGAGUUCCUAGGAGAGGUCAAAGGUACCCCGGAGAGUUUGGAAGAGAAGGAGCGGCAGCUUUCCACCAUGAUCGGCCAGCUCAUCAGCCUGCGGGAGCAGCUCCUGGCGGCCCACGACGAGCAGAAGAAGAUGGCCGUCUCACAGAUGGAGAAGCAGAGGCAGCAAAUGGAGCUGGCCCGUCAGCAGCAGGACCAGAUUACGAGGCAGCAGCAGCAGCUUCUGCAGCAGCAGCACAAGAUCAAUGUUCUCCAGCAGCAGAUACAGGUGCAGGGUCACAUGCCUCCUCUGAUGAUCCCAGUGUUUCCUCACGACCAGCGAUCUCUGGCUGCCGCCGCCGCCACACAGCAGGGCUUCCUCUUCCCACCGAACAUGUCCUACAAGCCAGGUGAUAACUACCCCAUGCAGUUCAUUCCAUCCACAAUGGCAGCUGCAGCCGCUUCAGGACUGAGCCCACUACAUCUACAGCAGCUGUACGCCGCCCAGCUGGCCAGCAUGCAGAUCUCACCCGGAGCCAAAAUGGGCUCCCUGCUGCAGCCUCCCAACUCCUCAGGCCCCCUCUCGCCCUCUGCCUUGAAGAGUAAGAAGAGAGCAUUGAGUCCUGUCACUCACAUUAAGGAGGAAGGAUCGACGCAGCCCCUGAAUCUCUCAGCCCGACCCAAGACUAGCGAGCCCCACCACUCCCCAUCCUCGCCGUCACACAGCCUGUACCCUGGCAACAAGAGCAGGCCCAUCAGCCUGGGGAAGGGGCGCAUCCCCAGCCCCCUCUCCAACAUGGGCAGGGGCUCACUGGACAUCCUGUCCAGCCUGAACUCCACAGCACUGUUUGGGGACCAGGAUGCAGUGAUGAACGCCAUCCAGGAGGCGAGGAACAUGAGGGAGCAGAUUCAGAGAGAACAGCUUCAUCACCAGCAGCACAGCCUGGAAGCCAAGCUCACGGCCCUGAGCGGCAUUAGCUUCAGCAAUGGCAGCAAGGAGCGGAUGCACUUUGAGAGUUUGAGUCAGCACCUGGGAGAGGAUGGAAAGAUGGGCCACAGGGUCAUUGACCUUACCAGACCUGAGGAUGUUCAUGGUGUCGCCAGCACUACGGAGGCCCGGGUCUUCAGGGAGACCAGGGGCAGGAACAGUACUGAGCCCCACAUUAAGAGGCCCAUGAAUGCCUUCAUGGUGUGGGCCAAGGACGAGAGGAGGAAGAUCCUGCAGACCUUCCCCGACAUGCACAAUUCCAAUAUCAGCAAAAUCCUGGGCUCUCGCUGGAAGUCCAUGACCAACCAGGAGAAGCAGCCAUACUACGAGGAACAGGCCCAUCUCAGUAAGAUCCACUUGGAGAAGUACCCCAACUACAAGUACAAGCCCCGGCCCAAGAGGACCUGCAUCAUCGACGGCAAGAAGCUGCGCAUUGGCGAGUACAAGCAGAUGAUGCGCUCGCGGCGCCAGGAGAUGAGGCAGUUCUUCAGUGUGGGGCCACAGCCUCAGAUCCCCAUCAGCAACAGUGCAGGCGGCCUCUACCCGGCUGCCAUCACUAUAGCGACAGCCACGCCCUCACCGCACCUGACGUCGGACUGCUCCAGCGCCUCGGCCAGCCCCGAGCCCACCAUCCCCGUCAUCCAGAGCACGUUCGGCGUGGUCAAGCCCAAGCCAGUCGCAAUGGUGACCGGCGACCACCCGGUCAACGGAGAGGAUGAGAUAGACAUGUAUGAAGACUUUGAGGAUAAAUCGGACUACAGCAGUGAGCAUGAGACACAUGAGCCUGUCAGUGCCAACUGAGCACGCUCAGAAGAACUUCUUAUCUUUUUGAACUUUUUUAAGCUGAGCAUGUUCUCAAAGCAGCUCCGUCCGGGAUAUGAUGCACCACAGACUGAGCAUUCUCAGAUUGACUCUCGACAGGACGUGACAUAAACUGAACAUGCUCAGAUCUCACAGACCGCCCAUGUUACUCAAAAUACUUUUUUGGACGAGAACGCUUCUUGGUCUCGGAACAAUCCCGUACAAAGUGAUUGGGCAAAGACAACCUCUAGACAACCUCCAGACAAUCUAACAGAUAGACAGUGAACAUACUCACACAACAAUUACAGUGCAACACAGACAAGAGCAAGUAAGAGUCAGUAAAAGGGCGAUGAGAAGAAAAUGAGAUGAGAAGUUAGAACAAAGCGAUAACAGACACAUUUCUGUGUGUCUUUUUUUAUAGGAGCGUGCAUGGAUUUGACAAAAACAUCAGGAAUUGGUCUUCAACAACUGUCAGUCUUAAAUGUUUAUUUUAAGUGUGAUGAAGUUUUUAUGAUCCUUUACCUUUUUUUGUGGGGUUUUUGAUUUUCAUGGACAUUUUCCUGAUAGGUUACUGCCUGUAAAACCUUGGAUUGUCAGGACUUGAAAAUGUGAAAGUUAAUAUAAAUCCUUAGCUAUUGUAGUUUGACAUUAUUAUUUCUUAUGAGUACAGUACAUCUACACCUUUCUCAACAAAUGCUUACAAUAUGUUACAUUACUGUUUAUGAUGGGGUUUUAUAUCCUUGCUCAGGUAUGCUGUGCCAGCUUGUGAAUGUGGUUUUGAUUUCAUGAGAGAGUGGUAGGACUUUUCAGACUGACAAUGAAACGGGGGGAAAAAUCCCUUUUAUUAUUAUUAAUAUUAUUAUUAUUUUCUGAGAUAUUGUACAGUUUUUCUUGAAAUGUGCCAAACCUACAUUCACAUCCCUCUGAAAUAUUCUAGUCUUAAUUUUGAUGCUGCAAAAAGUCUUAUACAAUCACUUUUUAUUGCUGAUGUGUCCAUAUUAGGAGAAAUCACCCACCCCCCCAGCACUCAUCGUCAGUCGCAAUGUCUCAGGAGUCUGAUACUGUCAUCUCUGGCACCCCCUCUGGCAAUGACACAGACCUGUAGAGAGUAUCAAUCUGUGGAUGUUUAGCCCCAAGUGUUUUCACCUCCCUUUUCUUAGCCCACAUCUUAUACAGGAUGUUAAAGGGGUUCAGGAAUUUACAACUAAAGUUUGUAUUGGCUGUUUAGAGAAAACCAAACCAUGUAUUACAGUUUUUCCUGGCCAAUAGACUAUAUUCAUGGUGAGGAACCAUCUAACAUCAAGUUGUAAAAUCCUGAACUUCCACUUUAAUUCACCCAUAAUGCAUAGGGGCCAAAAAGGAUCAAACAAGUUAUUUUGGUACACUGUUACAGUACACUGACGUUCAGCUGGAGUGGCUUUUAGGUUUGCAAUAUUUUUUCCUGGCUCAAGUUUGGUGUAGAGUUUGUGAAUAUAACAUGUGUUAUACAGACUCAGCAAAUUUUGUUAACGACACAGUACAUCUUAAUAGGCACAAUAAGUCUUAAAGUUAGACUCUUAGUUCUAUGGUCAUUCCGAAUUACAGGAAAACGCAGAGGAGCGGUCCAGACAGUAAUUUCUAUGGUAGGGACACCAUAUAUUUAUGGGUUUAAAAUGUAGAUUUUCUUUACUAUAUUAUACCGAGGUACAGAAGAUCAGAUUUGUUUCUGUGAAUUGAUCAGUUUACAAUUAUGUUGCCGUCAGAGGUGGUUUUCAAAAUACAAAUCAAUGUUUUGUUUUUGUAAAAUUGGUACGUUGGCAAAAACACAUGGGUCAAUAUAACGUCUAGCAUUUCAAAAGGUACACUUUUUUCUGCAGUGCAUGUAUAUUUUGAAACGGAUAUUUCAAGUAAAUUAAAACAUACCCAUAAAAGUCCUAUUUUCAUAUGCCCAUCUCCACUUUGCAAAUAUGUCUACUUUUACAAGCUCUAUUUUAGGGUUUGUGUUACUCUGUUUGCUGGUUGUUUUGUAUGUGAUUUGUAACUCUUUAUGACCAUGUCGAACGAUAUUUUGCAGGUUGGUAGAAAAAAACGUUUUUGUUUGGACUGAAGUUUGAUUUAGCUUGCAUUACAAAAAAAAGGAGAGUUAUACUGUUUGCCUCAUGCAUAGACAUUGUUUCGAGUGUUAUAAGCAUCACAAGCACUGGAUAUUAAUGUUCUUUUUUCAGUACUGCCUAAUGUGAAGUUGUUGUUAGAAAAAAAAACGACAAUGACAAAAUUCGGACAAACAAAAAGUCGCCUGUUUGGACUUGGGAGGAAAACCUCACAUCUGCCAGAUUUGAGUAAAUGUCCAGUUUAGUAGCAUUAUUAUUUAUGCAGAAAUCAUUGUUUUAGCUCCAGUGCUGCAUGAGGUGCUCUGCCCUUUGACACAAGUCAAAUGUCACUCAGACCACCAGUCAAUUUCAACCUACAGAAGCAGACGUCAUUUUUCCUGUAUUUGAAAUUCAAUUGUGCAUUUUAACAUUUAAUUGUAUUUAUUAGCUGGUGUUGGCUCUAAAAGUGUCAGUACAACUUGGUGAGAAAGACAAUCAGAAAAAAAUAAAGACAGAUUUCCUUACAAAAUCA